AUGUCUGACGCCCCAGCAAAAGGAGGAAAACAGGCCCCAAAGGUUGCCAAGAAGGGGGAGAAGAAAGCAGGAGUUGGCAAGAAAGGGGGCAAGGCUGCCUCUGGAGAUAAGAAGAGGUCGAAAAAGCGCAAGGAGAGCUACUCGAUUUACAUCUACAAGGUACUUAAGCAAGUCCAUCCCGAUACCGGCGUUUCAAGCAAGGCCAUGAGCAUCAUGAACUCGUUUGUCAACGACAUCUUCGAAAGGAUUGCUCAAGAAGCCUCGCGUCUCGCCCACUACAACAAGAAGGCAACGAUCACUUCGAGGAAAUCCAGACCGCCGUCAGGCUUCUCCUCCCCGGUGAACUUGCCAAGCAUGCUGUCAGCGAGGGCACCAAAGCCGUCACCAAGUACACAAGCAGCAAGUAAACUGCUGGACGCACGAACACGACAAUCCUCGCUCGUCGUCUACAACCAGAAAACAAACAGCUUUUUUAAAAGCUACCAAAUUUACCAAUCUCGUUGCCCAAACCUUUGA